CUGGGAGACCAAGGAAAUACAGCUACUCUCAUUUCUGCUCUCUCUACCUCUAGGGGGGCCAUGGCCAGAACAGAGUCCUCGUUGUUCAGAUCUCUAGGCCCAAGCCCAGGUCCUGGAGAUGAUGAGAUGGAGCUGGAUUGCUGGUUUGAUGAGGACUUCAAGUUCAUUCUGCUACCUGUGAGCUAUGCAGUUGUCUUUGUGCUGGGCCUGGGCCUCAAUGCCCCAACCCUCUGGCUCUUCCUUUUCCGCCUACGACCCUGGGAUGCAACGGCCACCUACAUGUUCCACUUGGCAUUGUCAGACACCUUGUAUGUGCUGUCGCUGCCCACCCUCGUCUACUAUUAUGCAGCCCGCAACCACUGGCCUUUUGGCACUGGGUUUUGCAAGUUCAUCCGCUUUCUCUUCUACUGGAACCUCUACUGCAGUGUGCUGUUCCUUACCUGCAUCAGUGUGCACCGCUACCUGGGCAUCUGCCACCCACUGCAGGCACUACGUUGGGGCCACCCUCGUUUCGCAGGCCUCAUCUGCCUGGCAGUUUGGUUGGUGGUAGCUGGCUGCCUCGUGCCCAACCUAUUUUUUGUCACAACUAGCAUCAGGGGGACCACCAUCCUGUGCCAUGACACCACUCGACCUGAGGAAUUUGAUCACUAUGUUCAUUUCAGUUCAGCAGUCAUGGGGCUGCUCUUUGGCUUGCCCUGCCUGGUCACUUUGGUUUGCUAUGGGCUCAUGGCCCGGCGCCUGUAUCGGCCCUUGCCUGGGGCUGCACACUCAUCUUCUCGUCUCCGUUCUCUCCGCAUCAUCACUGUGGUGCUGAUGGUCUUCACAGUCUGCUUUGUGCCUUUCCACAUCACUCGUACAAUUUAUUACCUGGCAAGGCUGUUUGAAGCUGACUGCCAGGUAUUGAACAUUGUCAACGUAGUCUACAAAGUGACUCGACCCUUGGCCAGUGCUAAUAGCUGCCUAGAUCCUGUGCUCUACCUGCUUACUGGAGACAAGUAUCGGCGCCAGUUUUGGCAGCUCUGUAGUGGUGGCAGACCCCAGCCCCCCAGAGCUGCCUCCUCCUUGGCACUGGUAUCUCUGCGUGAGAAUAGCAGUUGCAGGUGGGCAUCCACCCACAGGACAGCAGCUGCCCUCUCCUCAGAGCAGAGUGAUUGUAACAAUGGAAGCUGGGAAGUGAGACAAAAGGGGGUGAGUGCAGGGCAGAGGUGAGGGAACCCCUAAAUGACAGUUUAUAAGGAGCUGCAAUUGCCCUCUCCUUUUUAGCUAAAGAUAGUAGCAGUUGCUCCUCUGCCUGUACUUCUUUUUCUUUAUUUCUGUCCCUUCCUGGGCUCAUUGGUCCUGUUUCUUGAUUUUGCAAGGCUUCCCCAGAUCUUUUUUCCCCAUGUCCUCCCACAGCAUGCAUUUCUCCAGCCAGACUAGAGCCUUCAACUAGAGGGUGGAGAUGGUGGGGUAAUUUAAAGAUCGGCCUGAUUUAUCUCAUGAUGAUAGCCAGAGUCAGGAAGUAUGGACACUGGCAUAUCACAGAUGCCAUAUGUGCCAUGUGUAGCAACCACACCCACUUCCUGGUUUCCCCUUGAAGACAGGAUGGUCUUGCCUACCAAGGUGCCAAAAUAGGGUGCAACCCCAGGCAGCCUGCAUACCAGGGCCCCACAUGCAGCAGGAGGCCUGGCACUAUUGAACUGGUAGGUAGUCAUGAAGUAGAUCCCGGCCAUGGGGUAGGGACCCUGAGGAACCUCAAGGGGCAAGGCCCAAGUUGAUAACAGUCUUUGGAACUGGAAUGGGGAUUGGAUCUCCUUUAUAUUGUUUGCUCAGAAUGUAUUUGAUAGCUCUCUUGUACUUAAUGAAAGGGAGAAUGGAUGUUUCAGACAGAGAGGGGGAGCUUUCACAUCUAUGUGAAUCUAUAAAUUCCAGCACUAAGGGGCAGAGCAGGUUUGUACAGAAGAUGAGGUAGUGACAGGCUUUGAUAUCCAGAGCCAGUUCUUCACUUUGUCUCUCUGCUUUCUCUAGCUCCUGCCCCAGACAAAUGAUAAAUCUGCCCUCAAUUCUUUCAGAUCAGGCUUUAGGACUUUGAGGUCAGGGCCGGGCACGGGGACUGGUAUGGAUCCCCUCAGAGUUUCUCACCCACUCACUCCUCCCCUCCCCAAGUGCAGUCUUAGCAUUUACAGGUUUAUAGGAUUGGGUGGGAUUAUGGAACUUGGGAAGCUAACCUCUUAGCCUUGGGAAAUAAAUUUCUGGGUAGGCAUUUGUGAGAAGAGUGAGCUCACAUUUUUCAUGCACCCUCCCUCUGAAAUCACCUUCUAGCUUAUUUGGUCUCCUGAGUCAGACCCCAGCUUUGCCUUUCUUUUAUCCAUCCUUGCUGACCUGUGUCUGAUCUCUUACUUGUCUAGCAAUACCAAAUUGUUAUUGGCUUCUGAGGGAUCUCCCCCUACCUCUCUAAGAGAGUAGGGGCUGGACUGUAGGAAAAAAAAUGAUUCAAUGCCCUCUGUUCCCCUUUUCCAUUCUUUGAGGAGCCUCCUCUGUCUCCUUAGGUAUACAGACCCUGAUACCCAGGAUCCCUUCCAUUAGGAGUAAAUGGACUGGCCUUAUCCACUUCUUACCAGUCUUCCAGUCUCAUGGCUGAUGCCUAGACUGUUGCUUAUCUGAACACUUUCUUUUACACCUAUAGUCACAACCUCCUUGCCUAUUACCUACCCUAUCCACCAGCCCCACUCAGUAAAGAUGUCUCUUUAUUGUAAUUGAUUCAGCCUCCUAAAUUUCCUCAGUCUCUUUAACUCCUAUUUGCUUAAUCAAGACUAACUGUCUGGACUUUAUGUUGGUCUGCUCCUUUAGAGCUGCCUCCCCUUGCAAUCUAGCUUUAGUUAAAUACCUUGAUUUUCACCUUGAACUGAACUCUUUUCUAGGAUUGGAGGAAAUUGCAGAUGAAGUGAGAGUAAAAGGCUGGUUUGACCUACUAAAACUUCAUGUUCUGGAACUUCUCUUAAGCCCUUAUUCCUCUCAGCCUGCUGCAUUUCUAGCAAAUAUUCCAUAGCAACUUGUAUUUUCUACCUUCUCAAGGUCAAUUCCAUUCUACUCUUCUCUUGCAAAAUUGAGAAGAUCUAACACCUCAACUUCUUCCUUCUUCAUUCACAAUAACUGUUUCAACAUUCACCUUGCCUUUCUCCCUUUCUUUCCCUGAUGUCCCAGAAUAAAAGGGAAUCCUUUUCAUGUUCCUUUAUCCCUCUUUAUCAUUGUCAGUCUCUUCCACCAAUAAUUUCAUAUCAUUUUAAAAACCACCUCCUCCAAAAAGGAAAGGCAUACCAUUAGUAUAUUUUCCUUGCUAUCUGUUUUAUCUACCACUCUAGUCAUCUUUAUUCAUUUCCUUACUACAUUUCUUUUCUUUAUGGUAUUGAGGAUUGAACCCCCAGGGGUGCUCUAAACCUAAGCUAUAUCCACAGAUCUUUUUUGUUUUUGAUAUGGGAUUUCACUAAGUUGCCCAGACUGGCUUUGAACUUGGUGAUCCUCCUGCCUCAGCCUCAUGAGUUGCUGAAUUACAGGUGUGUGCCACUGCAUGUGACUCACUGCCACAUUUCUAGAAAGAGUACCAUAAUGCCUCUUUCUGCACCACAAAAUCACUCCUUAGUUUUCUGAAUCUGGUUUCCUUCCUACUUAGAAGAAUAUACAUUACCUCUUAAGCAAGACCCUUAAUGAUCUUUUCUCUACCUUUGUCCUCUUUGACCUCUAUACUUCACUUGACUCUCCUGCAUGUCCUGUAUACAAUUUUUUUAAAUUAAAAAAAAAAAACACUUAAAACUCUCACUGUAACAAUAUUAAAUUUUGAGAGAAGAUAUUCACCUGUACUUUCAAACCCUAGACAAUCAUUUUCAUUUUUCCAUGUUCCAUACUUUAUCAGUUUGAAUACAUAUGCAUAUAUUAUAGAAGUCUAAUCCUAAUGUACAUAUCACUUAAAAUUAUGCUUUUAGAACCUGUUCAUUGGGGCUGGGGAUGUGGCUCAAAUGGUAGCACGCUCGCCUGGCAUGCGUGCGGCCUGGGUUCAAUCCUCAGCACCACAUACAAAAAACAAAGAUGUUGUGUCUGCUGAAAACUAAAAAAAUAAAUAUUAAAAAAUUCUCUCUCUCUUUUAAAAAAACUGUUCAUUAUAAAUAUCUCCCUAUUAGUAUAUAUUUCAUAUUUUAUCAUUUCAAUGGCUACAUAAAAUUAUCUCCUUCUAUAAAUUAUAUUUUAUUUGACUAUUCCUUUAUUAUGGGACAUUUAGGUAACUCAAAUUUUCUAUGCUUUGAACAUCUUAAUGUGUGUGGCUUUUUUUUCUUCUUCAUCAUUCUGUCUCUAGGACAAGUUCCCAGGAGUGGGAUUACCAUUCCAAAGAGUGUGAUUGUUUUUAUGGAUCAUGAUUUUCAAAACGACUGCACAAAUUUUCAAUAUUAUGAUGAUAUAUGAGUGUGGCUCCCUUGCAACUCUAGCAUCAGACUUUAUAAGAAAUCUUUUUGGAUGGUUAAAAUUAAUUUGUUGAUUUUUAUUUCUUUGAUUACUCAUGGGCUUGAACACUUUCCCUUAUGUUUACUAUUUGUAUCCUUGUACAAUUGACAUCUUAGUGGUAUUCUUAUAUCUAUAUGCAGUCUUUAUUUAGUAUACAGGUUAACCCUUUGUCAUAUUUGAUAUGAAUAUUAUCCCAUUUAUUGUGAUUUUAAUUUUAGUUUCUUCUUUUAGCCCUUCAAAUUAGAGUCUGUUUCCUACUGCUUUUCUUUCUCAGAUUACUUCCUCUCUAUCUCCUUUGCUGGCACCUCUUUCUCCUUUAGUACCUAAGUGAAUAGAAAUCUGCCACAGAGUCAUAGAAUUUUUUUUUUGUACUGGGGAUUGAACCCAGGGAUGCUUUACCACUGAGUUAUAUCCCUGAUCUUUUUUUGUUUUUUUUCCAUUUUGGAACAAAGUCUCACUAAGCUGCCCAAGCUGGCCUAAAACUUGUGAUCCUAUUGCCUCAGCCUCCUGAUUAACUGGGAUUAUGAUAUAUAUCACCAUACCCAGUGCAUUUGGGGAUGUUUUAAUGCCUUAACCCCACCAUAUUGUUGAUUUUCUCUUGAGGAGAAAGUAUAUGUAGGUGAAUGAAAUUCAGUUCACUCAUAGGCCUUGAGAAUGCCUCAGAGAUCACAUAGGGCCUACUUUCCAGUUGCGGAAACAGAAUCAGGGAGAUGACUUGCCCCUGACUUACUAAGUUAAUGGCAGGGCAGAGACUAGACCCCAGAUCUUUUGAUUCCCAGGGCUCCUUUCAUUCCAACAUGCCAACUCAGUUUUAAACCCAACCUUCCUCCCAAGAUUCCCCUCUACAUCUUUAGUGGCCCACUGGGCAGUUUCACUUUCAUUGUUACUUCAUUGUUACUUCAUUGUUUCUUUCAUUGUUACUUCUAACCCAAGAUAUCAGGAAUGAAACUACCUGAAUCAGUUCUACCUGUCUUGCUUAUUUCUGCUCAUAGCAUCUUCUUUCUUCCAGUCACCUAAACUAGAAAAACUCCCAGGCAACCCCCAUUCUUCUCUGUCCUUAUCUCACCAGAUUCUGACAUUGUUUUCUUUAGUUUGCCUGUUGCUGUUGACCUUCUUUUAUGGUUACAGUGCCACCUUUCUGAUACUGGCUCUUAUUUCCUUCUCCCUGACUGAAUGUCAUAGGUUUCUAACUGGUCCUUAUCUCCAGUCUCUUUCUAUACAAAUGUAUGCUAUGCAACAUAUAUUGCCAGAUCAAUCUGCUUGAACACUAUUUUCAGCAUUUCACUCUCUUACUCAAAACUAUUUCUUAGUUUCCUAUUAUCAACAUCCUUAAAGAUCGAUGGAGUAGACAAAGGGGAAUGAAGGGAAGGGAGGAGAAAUGGGAUAAGGAAAGACAGUGGAAUGAAUCUGACCUAACUUCCUUGUACAUACAUAAAUAUACCAUGGUGCAUCUCACCACCGUGUACAUCUACAAGACACUAAUUUAGAAAAACUAUAAGUAAAUAGCAGAAAAAUUAGUAGAAUAGAGAGGGAAGGGAAAGUGAGAGCGAGGAGGAGAAGGAAAGGGGAAAUUCUGGGGACUGAAUUAGAACAAAUUUUAUUCCAACAAAUUAUAUUAGAACAAAAUAUAUUCCAUAAUUAUGACAAAAUGAAUCCUAUUGUCAUAUACAACUAAAAAGAAGCAAUUAAAAAAAGGAAAAAAUAUUUUCAAGAGUUUUUUUUCCAAUCUUAUUCCUCAUUCUCCCUCACUGCAAUCUCCUCAUUUAUAGUAAACUCAAUCUUUUAUUUCUCUCUCCAUACAUAUCUUGCACUUUCUCACCUCCUUACCUUGUUUUAUCCUUUCCUCAUACUAGAAUUCCAUCACUUUCUUCUCCAGCUGUCCUUUUCCUACCCAGUUUCCAAGGUCAGGCUUAAGUUUCACUUCAUUUUUUAAUUCCUCUCUGCAGAAUCUUACCAGUGGUGACCUCCCCAGUCAUUCCUAUUGUAAUUAUUGUCUGAAUCAGUUAUUUGGCAUUUUUAACAUCCUCUGGCAUUACUUAUACUGUUAUCUUGUUAUUUAAAUCUUCAUGUAUGUUUGUCUUGAGUUCCCACUUAUAAACUCCUUGAAUGACUGUGAUAGAAAUGGAAAGCAUAUGUGACAGAAGAUAAGAAGACCUAAAUUUAAGCCCUGAUUCUCAAAGUGGGAAUCAAGUAUGUCACCUUGGGUGAGUCAUUCAAAUUCUCUGAGCCACAAUUUCAUCAUCUGUAAAAUGAAGAUCACAAUCUUAACCUUAAUUACUUCUAUAAAUUAUGGCGAGGCUCUGCAAAUCUGCAGAGCUAAGCAAAUC